AGACUAUCAAUUCUCAAAGCCCGCCACCUAGGCGUCUCCCGGGUUGUGGUUCGAACGAUAGUAACAAAAAGAAAUGAAGGGACCAGAGGGUAGAGAAAGCCUUCGAGGGACAGUUCGGUGAUCUUUCUAGCAGCGAAGAAGCAAUCGGCAACCAUGAAAAUCCUUCACAUUCCCUGCCUCGAAGAUAACUACGCCUAUCUGAUAAUUGAUGAAAGUUCAAGAGACGCCGCAGUGGUUGAUCCUGUGGAGCCUGAGAAGGUUUUGAAGGUGGCCGAUGAAAACGGCGUGGUUCCAAAGCUCGUUCUUACCACUCAUCAUCAUUGGGAUCAUGCUGGUGGAAACGAAAAGAUAAAGAAGUUGGUACCUGGAAUAAGAGUUUUUGGCGGUUCACUUGAUAAUGUGAAAGGGUGUACCGAUCAGGUGGAACAUGGUGACAAGAUAUCAUUGGGGAAUGAGGUGAACGUGUUGGCCUUUCACACGCCAUGCCACACCAAGGGCCACAUAAGUUACUUUAUAUCAAGCAAAGGAGAAGAUCCGGCUGUGUUUACUGGGGAUACCUUGUUUAUAGCUGGCUGUGGGAAAUUUUUUGAAGGCACUGCAGAGCAGAUGUAUCAGUCUCUCUGUAAAACGUUGGGAUCUUUGCCAAAGACUACUCGUGUUUAUUGUGGUCAUGAGUAUACAGAGAAGAAUCUUCGGUUUGCAUUGACCGUGGAACCAGAGAACGAGCAAAUGAAGCAAAAGCUUGCGUGGGUGAAACAUCAGCGUGAGGCCAACCAGCCUACAGUCCCAUCUACCAUUGAGGAUGAAAUGGGCACCAACCCAUUCAUGCGUGUUGAUCUACCGGAGCUGCAGAAUCGUGUUGGUUGCUCCACCCCCGUUGAAGCACUCAAGGAAAUCCGGCGGAUGAAAGAUAAUUGGAGGGGCUAACAAGCUACGUCACUCGCUUCAUGUUCCACCAAAUGCUUGGUGACAUUAUGUGUGUAUAUGUUUCUGGAUUGUGCUGGGACUGUUUUUACUACGAGGUGCUAAUAAUGUGUAGUUCGCUCUUAUGGAUCCUUUAGAUUUCAUGCUCGACUUAAGAGGCAUCCAUAGCAUUGGAAAGAUACAGAGAAGACUUGAGCAUCC